UGUAUUAAGCUCAAGUGUCCAUAUUUUUGUUGAAAAGUGCUGAUAUAACUUAUUAUUGUAGUUCUGGUGACUCCUUUUUAGCAUUUAUUUAGGGUUAAUAAUUUCCUAAUAUUUAGGCAAGUGGAAUAUGACAACCUAAUUAAACUCUAACCUCUUUUCCUGUAUGGAUAAACCAAGCUUGUACUGUACUUAAGUUUGGUUUGAGCAAGAUAAUGUUUGCUUGUGAAAGUUCGGAGAAGGUUUCUACUGUAGCCUAAAUAAGCUUAGUAACUUACAUUUUGUGGAUUUAAAAAUGGUUAAGAUUGAUACAAUUUUGAUAGCCCCAGCACACAAAAACAAGUUGGGAAACCGAUCUUUCGAGCAAGACAAGUCUACAGCUAAAUUGACUCAUAAGAAGGAAACUGAUAAAAGAUAUAAGAUAGUAGAUUCUCCUAAUUUGACAAGAUGUGACAGGUGCUUGUUAUCCAUCAUCAAGGUUGCAGUAAAGUAUCCUGUAAUCAGCACUAUAACACUAAUUAUCGUUACCUUUAUCUUCAUUCUCGCUUUAUUCCAAAAUGCCAAAUGUGUACUUUCAUCGAAUGAUGAUACUAACUGUUUCAUUGGCAACAACAUGGAUAUCUUUAAUUUAAAUAUCAAGGCAACACAAUAUCAAAAGAACAAAAUGUUUAUUUCACACAAUCAAUGUAAAAAUAUCUCUGAUUCUGAUAAGUUUGAUUGCUUGCCCAUAAGUAAACAUUCUUGGACUGAUGAAUUUCAGUGUUACAAAAAGGGUUGCUGCUGGUCUGUUCCUAAGAAUCGAUCAUCCAUCAUACCUCAUUGUUAUUACCCAUCAGCCUUUCAAAGUUACAAGUUUAUCAAUGAUUCAACCUCAGACAUGGGAGCAAGUGCCUAUUUUGGACUUGUUUUUAAUUCAUCAUACCCCAACAAUGUUCCUGUGAUAAGGAUCGACUUUAACUACAGAACAGAAGAUAUUUUGGAGGUCAAGAUCUACGAUCCAACAUUUUCUCGUUACGAAACUCCAUUCCCUGAAUUGCCACCGAUGAGGAAAAAACCUCCUAAAAAUACAAAAUACAGUGUGGAAAUAGACAACAAUAAAUUUGGAUUUAGAGUCGUGAGAAAAAGUAACAACGUAACAAUAUUCAAUACUCAAGAUGUUGGUGGAUUCAUUUUUGCCGAUCAGCUGUUGCAAAUAUCAGCAAAAUUGCCAUCAAAAUAUUUAUAUGGACUGGGACAGCAACGAAACAACUUUUUACUGGAUAUGAAUUGGACUAAAAUUACGCUUUUCAACCAUGAUCAACCACCUGUAGAUGGAAGCAACCUUUAUGGAAGUCACCCAUUUUACCUCACCAUGGAAGGAGAGGGAAUGAGCAGUGGUGUUUUACUUUUGAACAGCAAUGCUAUGGACAUUGUGCUAUCGCCAGCUCCAGCUAUCACUUAUAGGACUAUUGGUGGUGUGCUGGAUUUCUUCUUCUUCCUCGGUUCAUCCCCAGCGGAGGUCAUACAGCAGUAUACCGAGCUGGUUGGCCGUCCUGCCCUCCCGCCAUAUUGGAGUUUGGGCUUCCAUCUUUGCCGGUUUGGUUAUAAAACAUUGGAUGAAACCAUCGAAGUGUGGAACCGUACUCGUAAAGCUAGGAUCCCUUUUGACACCCAGUGGAAUGAUUUGGAUUAUAUGGAAAAUGGGAAUGACUUUACAUACGAUAAAACUACUUUCAAAGGUCUGCCUGAGUUUGUAGACACUUUACAUAAGGAAGGCAUGCACUACGUAGUACUGGUAGACCCAGGAGUCAGCGCAGGAGAACUGCCCGGAGAGUAUCCUCCCUAUGAUGAUGGGAUCGCUCAAGCGGCCUUUGUCACUGAUUCUUCUGGUUACAGACCUUUAGUGGGGAAGGUGUGGAACAAGAAAUCAACUGUAUUUGUAGAUUUCUUUAAGCCUGAGGUCGUCAACUACUGGAUGCAACAGUUACGAAGCCUUCAUGAUCUGGUCCCUUUUGAUGGAGCAUGGAUUGAUAUGAAUGACCCGUCCAACUUUGUGAACGGAGCAUUCACGGGUUGUGGCAACUCUACGCUGGACACUCCCCCCUACGUGCCAGGAGUCGUGGGAGGUCAGCUUUGUUACAGAACCCUGUGUAUGUCUGCGACACACAGAGGCGGCUCCUUGUCUCACUACGACGUACACAACGUCUACGGACUGGCAGAGGCUAUUGUGACCAGCUUUUCGAUGCAGCAGAUCAGGGGCAAGAGACCAUUUGUGAUUUCCCGAUCGUCAUUCCCUGGCCAGGGGAGGUAUUCUGGGGUCUGGACCGGAGACGUUCACUCUACUUGGGACGACAUGGCUCAUUCUGUCAGUGAUGUGUUGAGCUUCAGCCUGUUUGGUGUGCCGAUGUCCGGAGCAGAUAUUUGUGGGUUCAACGGCAACGCAACAGUUGCUUUGUGUCAGCGGUGGAGUCAGCUCGGAGCCUUCUACACAUUCUCUCGAAAUCACAACUCAGAUCUUAGCUCUGACCAAGACCCAGUAGCUUUGGGUCCCGUAGUGGUAGAGUCAGCUCGUAAGUCUCUCCUAGUCCGCUACACUCUGCUGCCUUAUCUCUACACUCUGUUCUGGCACGCCCACACCUGCGGUCACACUGUUGCUAGACCUAUGUUUGUUGAAUUUCCAGAAGACAAUAAAACCUAUGCCCUGAAUGCACAGUUCCUGUGGGGUCCAGCUCUCCUGAUUGUCCCAGUACUGAAAGAGAACGCCACAGAAGUGGAAGCUUACUUACCAGCUGGGCGGUGGUAUGAUGCCUACACCUGCAAGAGUAUGAGCGUUGGGUCAGGGAUGACUGUCACAUUGCCAGCUCCUCUGGACACUAUACCACUCCUGUUGAGAGGUGGAUAUGUGAUCCCCACCCAACUACCUGAUCUCACCACCACUACCAGCCGCUCCAAUCCUGUAGACCUGUUGAUAGCCUUGAAUGAAAAGGACGAGGCGCAAGGGGAUUUGUACUGGGACGAUGGAGAUUCAUUGGACUACAACGAUGGAAUGUACAACUAUCUCAAGUUCAGAACAGGGGUUGGCAGGUUGCAUGUGGAGGUGGUCCAGUGGCGUUACACCAACACUACCCUGAUACUGGGCAAGGUGCAGGUGUUGGGGGUGAGGGGACCGGUAACUCAGGUCUACGCCGAUAACAUCACUGUUCCCUUCGUCUAUCAUGACGAUGUCAAGCUACUUCAAAUCUCACAUUUAUAUUUGGACUUGAGCAAAAACAUCGAGAUGGCUUGGAAAUAAAAGGACUGAUGAUGAUUAAGUUAAACUAAUUAAAACUUAAUUAAAUUAACUAAUGAACUUAAUUAAAUUAAGUUCAUAAACUAGUCAAAUACGCAGGUGCUUUAGUGCUACUCUAUUACACAAUCUGAUCGGUUUGUUUUUAAAUGAAGUGUGACAAAGGUAGGAAUCGCCUCAUUGUGUAUAUUGUAUUUAGUUUCUAUCCUCUUGUAUGAGGUCAGGCAUUAAUAAUUGAAAAGUUUGUGUGCUUUAUGGCUUAGGUCUUUACUGACCUUUGUAAAGCACUCUUAAUACUGAUGUGAUGUAUAGUAGAGAUAUUAGAGUAGGUUUAGGUAAUUAGUUUGUGCAAAACAUUUUUAUUUUAUGUAUAAGUUUUAACUGACUGAUAGUAUCAAGACUGAACUAAGGGUGAGGUUGAUUGAGACUGAUGAUAAACUUAGGUAUCAUUUUACAGGUUAGGCUCAAUGGGCUUGAGUUUGGUUUACUCUUGUACCACGAGUAAGAGGUUAUAUCUAAAUUCCCGAAUUUGAAUUGUGCUUCCUAAUAGGUCACAUGUCCCUUAAGUGGCUUUGUCUCAGCUUCCAGCCCUGGCUUUACCUAGCCUGAUAAAUUUUAACUUGUGUCGAAAGUCGAAAGAGACACUUUUGGUCCUGGUGAUAAAAUGUACAAACUGCUUGUACAGACUAAGCAAAUUUAUAUUUUCCAGAACUGAUUUUCACAGAAAUAUUCCCUUAAGUUGUUAGAUAUACUUCCCAUUUAAACGAUGUUAGGUUUGGUGAGUCCAGAUUACUGCUAUAAGGAAUGUCAUAAAGUUUUUUUUAUAGUUUUAAAAGUUAAACUCAAUAUAAUCUAUUUACCAAAUUUGAUCAAAAUAUAUCCAUAAACAAGCAAAGUACAACAGCUUACUUAUUCUACAUAAGAUUAACAUGGGCAUUGAAAUUUGUUUGUCUUUUGGAAUUUUUUCUGUAACCAUUAGAUGUACAAAAACGCGUAA